UCCACUUCCUGCCACGAGAUGCCAGGGUUUUCAAGAUGGCGCCUGUCUCACGCCUGGAACUCAACUUCUGUAGACUUUUGGAACGGUGUGAAUCCAUAGCAGACGACCGAAAGUCGAAUGACUGGCGCUUAGAAAAGUACCUGCAGUCUCUAGAAGAUAUGUUGGUCGAGCUCGGAAAGAUUAAUACGUGCCAACCAAGUAAGGAUGACCUUCUGGCAUACUCGAAGAAAGUUGAAUUUCUGAAAGACCUGAUAAGCAAGGACAAGGCGCAAAAAGGUCCAGAGAAGAAGUUGAACCAUGAACAGCUGCUCCUGGCUCAAGCCCCGGACAACAAGACGAGCGAAAUUAAACUCAAACGUCAAACGAGAAUCAACCGAGACGCACGAGAAGAACUCUUCGGCUCGCCAUUGCGGGACACGGCGUCACAUGCAGGAGAGAAGACGCUACGACAGCGUACCACAGCGCAGGGCAGCGGCACGGGCGAAGACUUUGACGCCGUCCUCCGCUACCACCAUUCCAUGCAGGAGAAGAUUGCUGAGGAGAUGCUUUCUCUGGCUCAGAACCUCAAGCAGAAUGCAACGUUAGCGGGGCACAUUGUCAAAAAGGACACCGAAACCGUGCAGAAGACUGUACAGAAUGCCGACCAGAACUACAGCAAGUUGCAGACAGAGCAGAGCAGGCUGGAAGAGCACCUUCGACGUUCCUGCAGCUGCUGGAUUUGGAUGAUGUUAGGAGUCGUCUGCAUAGUGUUUCUCAACAUGGUUGUUUUCAUGCGAGUUUUUCCAAAACGGUUGUGACGCUUGCGAUUGUAUGUAAAUGUAUUGUCCAACCCAUGUACAUAAAAUAAGUUAAAUUCUCUA